AAUGGGGAGAGCCGCUGCGGCCAGUGUUGGAAUGCGGGCGGACGCGGCGCCUUGUCUCUCGCUGUCUCUCUCGGGGACGCGCCUUCCUCGCCUCCCGGGCGCGCUCUCGCCCUCCUAAGCAUUGAUCCAGCGCCAGGCAGUCUGGAAAUUUGGUGACGGCCGCUUUUCCCCGGGGGGCGGGGCGGAGGAAGGCAUGUCCACCUUCCGCCAAGAAAAUGUGGAGGACUACUACGAGAUGGAGGAAGAACUGGGCAGCGGCCAGUUUGCGAUCGUGCGCAAGUGCCGUGAGAAGAAGAGCGGCCUGGAAUACGCGGCCAAGUUCAUCAAGAAGCGCCGCUUGUCCUCCAGCCGCCGCGGGGUGAGCCGCGAGGAGAUCGAGCGGGAGGUCGACAUCCUGCGCGAGAUACAGCACCCCAACAUCAUCACGCUGCACGACAUCUUCGAGAACAAGACGGACGUGGUGUUGAUCCUGGAGCUGGUCUCCGGCGGAGAGCUCUUCGAUUUCCUGGCUGAAAAGGAGUCGCUGACGGAGGAGGAGGCCACACAGUUCCUUAAGCAGAUUUUGGACGGCGUCCACUACCUCCACUCCAAACGCAUCGCUCACUUUGACCUCAAGCCUGAAAACAUCAUGCUCCUUGAUAAGAACGUCCCAAGCCCUCGCAUCAAGCUGAUUGACUUUGGCAUUGCCCACAAGAUUGAAGCAGGGAACGAGUUCAAAAACAUCUUUGGCACUCCCGAGUUUGUUGCUCCAGAAAUAGUCAACUACGAACCUUUGGGCCUGGAGGCAGAUAUGUGGAGCAUCGGCGUCAUCACCUAUAUCCUCUUAAGCGGCGCCUCUCCGUUCUUGGGCGAAACGAAGCAGGAAACCUUGACCAACAUUUCUGCUGUCAACUAUGACUUUGACGAGGAGUACUUUAGCAACACCAGCGAACUGGCAAAGGACUUCAUUCGACGGCUGCUCGUCAAGGAUCCCAAGAAGCGGAUGACGAUCGACCAGAGCCUGGAGCACCCGUGGAUUAAGGUGAUCAAGCGCCGGAACGUCCGCAACGAGGACAACGGCAAGAAGCCCGAGCGCCGCCGCCUCAAGACGACUCGCCUGAAGGAGUACACCAUCAAGUCCCACUCCAGCAUGCCGCCCAACAACACCUACGUCAACUUUGAGCGCUUCUCCAAGGUGAUGGAGGAGGUGGCGGCGGCCGAGGAGGGCCUCCGCGAGCUUCAGCGGAGCAAGAAGUCCUUCCGCGAAGACAUCGAGGCCCUGCGCUCCAUCUACGAGGAGAAGGAGCUGUGGUACAAGGAGGAGAACGAGGCCGUGGGCCAGGACCUGCGGCAGAUCCGCCAGGAGAUGCAGAAGACGGAGGCCCUCAAGCGCCAGGCGCAGGAGGAGGCCCGGAGCGCCUCGCUGGCUGCCAACGGGCUGAAACGGCGCUACCGGAAGCUGGAGAACCGCUACGAGGCCCUGGCCAAGCAGCUGGCGUCCGAGAUGAAGUUCGUGCAAGAGCUGGUGCGCUCCAUCGAGCUGGAGAAGCUGCGGGGCGGGGAAGGGGACUGCGGCAUCCGCUAGCGCCCUCCCCUCCUGGGGCGGGGUGAGGAGACGGGAGCAGAUCCGUCUCGGCCGUGGGUUCGAGGGCUGCGCACCCUCACCCAGCCUCCUGGCCCAGCGUCCCAACGACUCUUUGACCUACGGCUCCUUAUUUAAUCACCGGUGUGGCGUGCUUCCUGGACUACGUAUCCCAUGAUGCAGCGCUCCUGCUGGGACCCAUGGCGGGCGACAUCCCUGAGUGCUCGGGACUUGUAGCCUGAAGCUGGAACUUUGUGCUUGUUAAAAAUAUCCUGUCUUGCUCGGGGCUUUCCGUUCUGCCCUUUUUCGGCCUGAGGAUCCGCCGGCCUUCUUGAGGGUUUGAAGAGAGCGGGACGUCGGCAUUCUCUUCCCCCGAAUGAGGUUCCGACGGCAAACUUUGAAGCCCAAAAGUCUUGUUUCCGUUUGCUCGCUGGGCUUCUGAGUGCAGAGAGACUGCUGCCCAGAUUAUGGGACAUUAUGGUGCCCAGAUUAUGGGAGAUUAUGGUGCAGAUGUGAUGUGCGAGAGACGGCUUUUGCCUCGCUAAAUCAGCCAUUCCAGGGCAGAGCAUGACGCCCCAUUCACCCUGUGGGUCUUUUCUGCUAGAGGCCUCGUGGCAGGUUUUCUGGGACCAAGGCUGCAUUUAGAAACCACAUGGCUUGUGUUCCGGAUAUCGGAGGGAGCUUCACUUCACAAAUAUCAGGGUGUCUCUGGGUUGCGGGCAGCGAAAAGUAGGUUAUGAGACCUUCCUUCCCUAAAGGCCAGUGUUUGUAGUAACAAACAUCUGCCUAGGUAGAGAGAUCCAAACAUUUUAAAUCUUUUUCCAGGAUCUGAAUCUUUUAUCCUUUAUCGUUUUGAAGUAGCCUCGUGGUACAUUUUCUUUCCUAUUAUUAUUCUUUGUAUCAGAAGCCAUUUUUGCUUUUUUAAUAAUAAUAAUAAUAAUAAUAAU